AUGGGAGAAGAGGAAGGCCAGCUCGAAUCAGCCGUUAGCCCAUUCUGGUCUAGAAUCCAGACGAGGGAGCGAGAAAUCAUCGGUCUUCACAGCACAUGGUGGGUGGAUCAAUGUCGAGUUGGUGUGAUCGCGUUGGCGAUUCUGCAAAUUUCUCCGUUGCAGAGAGAUGUCGAGGUGACGCCGCAGAUGGAGCUUAUUCAGACUACACACUAUGACCCCCGUGAGCACUUCUUGGGGUCGCCCGACUUUGUCGUCAGCCAGGGCCGGCAGUACGCCGUGCCGCAGCAGCUCAACCGUGACAUGUCCGUUUUGGCGGGCUUCCGUAUUCGAGACGGGGGCCGAAAGAAAACGGUCACUGCUCGUGGGGUAUCUUUGCUGCUCAAAAAGGUACAUGUCUGCUCCCAGCCUAGGCCCUGUGUCGACACCUUGGGGCUCGUCAUAGCUCCUGCUGCGCGUGCGACACAGCUUUCCUUUGCAUGCUCAUCCCCAGGCUCGCCGCCGCACCAUUCCCCUCGACGCCCACGACAGCGAGAAUCAACAGCCGUUCAGUUGGCAAUCUCGCCCAAUUUGCGCCAGAUUCCUUCCAUCAUCAGUCGCAAUGGGUCGUGGCAAGAGGAGAAACGCCGUAUGUUCUACCGCCGUGAACGAGCCAGCUCCCCUCCCUUUCUCCUCCAUCCUGCUGACCGACGUCGCCAGAACAAGCAGGGCCGUCACAGCGGUCCCCGGUCCGAGAGCUGGAAGUCCUACGCACAGGUCGAGAAGAAGCACGAGAAGCUGCAGGCCUACUACGAUGGCUUGCUCCAGCUGCCCGACGAGGAGAGGGAACAGUUCUGGGAUGCCCUGAAGAGGGAACUGCCCAACAGCUUCCGCUUUGCCGGCUCCAAGGGAUUGAGCACGCAGACGGCCGCACCGUCGAGCCGCCCAAGCCCAUCCCCUGGUACCCGAACGAGCUCGCCUGGGACUGACGACGCCCAAGAACAUUGUCCGAAAGUUCGCCCCCUUCUCCGCCUUCCAAAAGUCCUCGUCUCCGAGACGAGCAUCGGCAACAUCUCGCGCCAGGAGGUCGUCAGCAUGAUCCCGCCGCUCGUCUGGACCUGCGCCCCGGCUGACCGUCCUCGACUGUGCGCCAGCCCCGGCAGCAAGGCCACGCAGCUCCUCGAGAUGGCCACCAGGGCGAGGAGGCCCGCAUCAAGAAGGCCUGCGCGCCUUUGCCCAGCAGGACGGCUCGACCUCGGCGCCGAGACGGAAAGGAGCGCCAGGCCGACCUCGCCGCCGACCCGCCGACGACGGACGCCCCCGGCUCUCAUCGCACGACGCCGAUACAGCGCUUCAAAGAAGCCCAAGGUCGAUGAGAGCAACAGCGAAGAGGCCAAGGAGGAGGCCAAGGAGGAGGCCAAGGAGGAGGCCAAGCCUGCCGAGGCGGCGCCGAAGCCGACCAACACAAAGCCGAUCCGCAACCAGCACGGACAGAUCGAGGAGCCGUUCAAGUACCUGGCGCCGGACCACGAGGUGCUGCAGAACAUCAAGACGUUCUACUCGGUGUCGGCGCGGUUCCCGCAGGACCGGUUCAUGGUGCGCAACGCGACGGGCGAGCCGGCCAAGGCCAUCUACUACACGUCGUCGCUGGCCAAGGACGUGCUGACGGAGAACGAGGGCCGCGGCGUCAAGUUUGUGCACGGCGGCGUCAAGAUGUUCAUGCGGCAGGACGCGCCGUCGGCCGAGGUGUGCCGGUGGCGGAUCCAGUCGGAGGGCAUGCCGAUCGUGCAGGGCUACGUCGGCGAGGAGCGCAUCGUGCGGCUCACGAACAAGGAGACGCUGCGGCGGCUGCUCAUUGAAAUGUUCCCCAAGAUUGCCGACGGCGCGUGGCGGGCGCUCGGCGAGGUGGGCGAGCGCGUGCGCGACGUUGGCAUGGGCUGCCUCGUGCUGCGGCUCGAGCCCGACGGCACGGCCGACGGCUUCACCGAGCGCAUGGCGCUGCCGCUGUGGAAGAGCCUGCACUCGCUCAACCUCAUGCUGCCCAAGGAGGACCGCUCGGCCAUGCUGCUGCGCCUCUUCAACGACACGACGCCGCUCGUCAACCUGGCCCUGACCAAAGAGAAGCAGGCGCAGGUGCAGCAGCAGCAGCAGCUCCAGAGCGAGACGCAGGAGAACGGAGACGGCGCGGCCGACGAGGCGGCGAUGGAUGAGGCGAUUGAGGAUGCGCCCACGCCGGGCAGCGACUAG